UUAUCGCGAUCGGCACAUUUCGGCGUUAUCGGCCUUCAUUUGUUUCGCUCUUAUGAAGUGUAUAUAUAUCGCUGUCCCAACAUCCGUAAAGGCGCAGAAUUAAUAUUCGACUCGAACUGACCCGAUCGCUAGACUGCCCCGAGUACGUCCGCUGGAAAGUCACCGGCUAACAUAUAAUCGGCGGCCGAUAACGACCUGUUACAUAAAUCGCUAUCAAGCGAGAGAGAGAGGAAUCACAUCAGUAGGAACACGUCUACUGUCAUCCAUGGCUAAGUGUCUCGAGACUUACUCAGUUGUCCCAGACGUGGUGCCGACGGUACCCACCAACAUCCUGAAUGUAACUUAUCCCAGUAAUGUUAUCGUUCAGAUCGGCAUAGUGCUCACUCCAACACAGGUCAGGGAUGUGCCUCAAGUUCAGUGGGAGGCAGAGAAAAAUGCAUUUUAUACUUUAUGCAUGACUGAUCCUGACGCUCCAAGCAGACAGAAUCCUACAAAUCGUGAAUGGCAUCACUGGCUAGUAGGCAAUAUUCCUGAAUCGAAUGUGAGUGAAGGAGAAGUUCUUUCUGAAUACAUUGGUGCUGGACCUCCGCAGGGUACGGGUCUCCACCGAUAUGUAUUCUUGUUGUACAAACAGCCUAAAGAGCUCACUUUUGACGAGAGGCGCUUGACCAAUCGAAGUAGUGACAAUCGUGCCAGCUUCUCCAUCAAAGGAUUUGCGGCGAAAUAUGGACUCGGCAAUCCAAUUGCCGGUAAUAUGUUCCAGGCGGAAUAUGAUUAUUAUGUACCGACUCUCUAUGCGCAGCUUUCAGCUAGAUCAGAUUAAUUCUGUACAUGCAUCAAUAAUAUAUGAUCAAUUACAAUAUGAUACACAUGUAUUAUACAUAAUGAUGUAUAUCCAACUGUCUAUUGAAUAAAUACACAUCAAAUACUUUUCAA